CGCAGGCCCAUUUCUGGCACACAGGGGGUUAAUAAGCAUGUUCUGUAACAGCUGUGCCCCCUCUGUGCCCCCCUUCCAUUUCCUCCCUACGCUCAGGUGUAACGUUAUACCUGGCGCUGUAACAAGUCCAAAGGGCAAGUUGCUUUAUUGACUCAGUCCAACCCUACCCUGUCUCCUGCCUGUCACUCUGCACCUGUCUCUCUCUCUCUCCUGCCGCUCUGGGGCCCCUGCGGACUCUCAUUUUCCUCCGAAAUCCUGUGCCCUGGGCCCUGUGAGGGAAUCUCUAUGUGUCCUGGGAGGAUUAAAUGACUGCAGCGCUCAGGUUUCCCAUGGGAUUGUAGCAGGGACCGGCGAUGCCUCUGUUUGGAUUAAACUGCGGGAAGAAGAAGCAGCCGGAAAAGGAGCGGCGUCUGCGGGCGAAUGACCGGGACUACAACCUGAAAUUCAAGUAUGCGACGAACGCAAUCAAGACCUGCAAGUACAAUAUCUUCACCUUCCUGCCCCUGAACCUCUUUGAGCAGUUCCAGCGAGUGGCCAAUGCCUACUUUGUCUUCUUACUCAUCCUACAGCUCAUCCCGCAGGUCUCCUCCCUUUCCUGGUUCACUACAGUCGUGCCCCUCGUGCUGGUAUUGGCCGUAUCUGCCGUGAAAGAUGCCACCGACGACUAUUAUCGGCACAAAAGCGACAAUCAGGUCAACAACCGAACGGUGCAAGUGCUCAGCAAUGGCCAGUUUACGAAUGAAAAAUGGAUGAACAUUCAAGUGGGGGACAUCAUAAAGCUGGAGAAUAACAACUUUGUCACGGCAGAUCUGCUGCUACUGUCCAGCAGUGAACCCAAUGGGCUGAUCUACAUAGAGACAGCGGAGCUGGAUGGGGAAACCAACCUGAAAGUGAAGCAGUCGCUGACUGUGACCGGGGACCUGGGAGAAGACCUGGAGCAGCUCUCGCGGUUUGAUGGGGAGGUUGUGUGCGAGGCUCCAAAUAACAAGCUGGACACCUUCACUGGGACCCUGACGUACCAAGGGGAAAAAUACUCCCUGGACAAUGGGAAGAUCCUUCUCCGCGGCUGCACACUACGGAACACGGACUGGUGCUUUGGCAUGGUGAUAUUCGCAGGCCCUGACACUAAACUCAUGCAGAACAGUGGCAAAUCCACCCUGAAACGGACCAGCAUAGACCGACUCAUGAAUAUCCUGGUUCUGUGGAUAUUCGUAUUCCUGGCUGCCAUGUGCAUCAUUUUGGCCAUAGGGAAUGGCAUUUGGGAGUCAAAUCAAGGCUACUACUUCCAGGUCUACCUCCCGUGGGCUGAAGGUGUGACCAACGCAGCCUUCUCUGGGUUUCUGAUGUUCUGGUCCUACGUCAUCAUCCUGAACACUGUGGUGCCAAUCUCUCUCUAUGUCAGUGUUGAGAUCAUACGACUGGGCAACAGCUACUACAUCAACUGGGACCGUAAAAUGUACUACCCUAAAAAGGACACCCCGGCCGAGGCUCGUACCACCACCCUCAACGAGGAACUUGGUCAGAUCAAGUACAUCUUCUCCGAUAAGACCGGCACUCUCACCCAGAACAUCAUGACUUUCAACAAAUGCUCCAUCAAUGGAAACUCGUAUGGAGAUGUUUAUGACUACGCGGGAAACAGACUGGAGAUUAACGAGCACACAGAGAAGGUGGAUUUUUCCUUCAACCCACUGGCCGAUCCAAAGUUUUCCUUCCAUGAUCAUCGUUUGGUGGAAUCUGUGAAAUUGGGAGAACCCGCAACUCACGAGUUCUUCCGCCUGCUUGCCUUGUGCCACACCGCAAUGUCGGAGGAAAAGAAACCCGGUGAGCUGGUCUAUCAGGCCCAGUCUCCAGAUGAAGGAGCCCUGGUCACAGCUGCCAGGAACUUUGGAUUUGUUUUUCGCACCCGCACACCAGAGACUAUCACAGUGGUGGAGAUGGGAGAGACCAAAGUGUAUGAGCUGCAGGCCAUCCUGGACUUCAACAACGAGCGCAAGAGGAUGUCUGUGAUUGUGAAAAGCCCUGAUGGACGCCUGAUCCUGUACUGUAAGGGGGCUGACACCAUAGUCUACGAGCUCCUUGAUCAGUCCAGUGAGGACCUAAAGGAGACCACCACUGAGCACCUAAACGAAUUUGCUGGUGAGGGUCUUCGUACUCUAGUCCUGGCCUGUAAGGAACUCAAUCCAACCUACUUUCGGGACUGGAAGCAGCGGCACCAUGAAGCCAGCACAUCUUUGGAUGAUCGGGAAGAGAAACUGGCCAAGCUGUAUGAGGAGAUUGAGAAGGACCUGAAGCUGCUCGGAGCCUCUGCUAUAGAAGAUAAACUGCAAGAUGGUGUCCCCCAGACCAUAGAGACACUAAGCAAGGCCAACAUUAAAAUAUGGGUGCUCACCGGUGACAAACAAGAGACUGCGGAGAACAUUGGCUAUUCGUGCAACAUGCUGCAGGACGAGAUGAAGGAAGUGUUUAUCAUUAAGGGCUGCAGUCCGGACGAGGUUCUGGAGGAGCUCAGGUCUGCGAGGAGGAAGAUGAACCCUGAGAGUUUUUCAGAGACCAACGAAGUCAACGUUUAUCUUCAGAAAAAGUCCAAAAAGUCCCAAAUCAUUCCCGAUGAUGAGCUGAAGGGGAGCGACACAUUUGGGAUCCUCAUCAAUGGGCACAGCCUGGCCUUUGCCCUGGAAGAGAGCAUGGAGAUCGAGCUGCUGAGAACGGCCUGUAUGUGUACCGCCGUCAUCUGCUGCCGGGUCACCCCGCUCCAAAAGGCUCAGGUGGUCCAGCUGGUGAAGAAGUACAAGAAGGCAGUAACGUUGGCCAUUGGGGACGGAGCUAAUGAUGUCAGCAUGAUUAAAACGGCACACAUAGGCGUUGGCAUCAGCGGGCAGGAGGGCAUGCAGGCGGUCCUCUCCAGCGACUUCUCCUUCGCCCAGUUCCGCUACCUGCAGCGCCUCCUCCUGGUCCACGGGCGCUGGUCCUACAUCCGUAUGUGCCGCUUCCUGCGCUACUUCUUCUAUAAGAACUUCACCUUCACGCUGGUCCAUUUCUGGUACGGCUUCUUCUGCGGCUUCUCCGCCCAGACCGUGUACGACGAGUGGUUCAUUACGCUGUACAACCUGGUGUAUACCUCCCUGCCUGUGCUGGGGAUGAGCCUCUUUGACCAGGACGUGAAUGACCGCUGGAGCCUGCAGUUCCCGGAGCUGUAUGAGCCGGGGCAGAUGAACCGAUACUUUAACAUCAAGGAGUUUAUCAAGUGCGUUCUGCACGGGAUUUACAGCUCCCUGAUCCUCUUCUUCAUACCCUUCGGGGCCAUGUACGAGUCAGUCCGGGAGGAUGGAAGAGCCAUUUCCGACUACCAGUCGUUUGCCCUGAUGGCCCAGACCUGCCUUCUGCUAGUCGUCUCUGUUCAGAUCGGGUUGGACACCGCGUACUGGACGGCCGUGAACCAGUUCUUCAUCUGGGGCAGUAUGGCCGUGUACUUUGCCAUUACCUUCACCAUGUACAGCGACGGGAUGUACCUGAUAUUCACAGGCUCCUUCCCAUUUAUUGGGACGGCGCGGAACACGCUGAACCAGCCGGGCGUUUGGUUGGCUAUUUUCCUCACCACGGUGCUGUGCGUCCUGCCCGUCGUCGCCUUCCGCUUCCUGAGGUCUGAGCUGUUUCCCAGCACCGGUGACAAGAUCCAGAAGAAGAUCCGUGAGGCCAAGAAACGCCCCCCGCCUCCCCCCCCCAAGGCGCGGCUUCGGCGCACAAGUUCCCGCCGCUCGGGAUACGCCUUCUCCCACCAACAAGGUUACGGGGACCUCAUUACCUCAGGGAGGAACUUUCGGCCCAAGAUUCCGUUCCACCAAACGGGCAGAUUUGCCCCCAACGACCGGGUCCGGCAAGCAAACUGGAAGUGAGGCUACAAUGGCGGCAAUAUGGGGGCAAUAUGGCGGCCCUGCCCCGGGACAGGCAGUGUUUGUACAUCGUUCCAUACUACCGCGUGGCCUUCCUUCUCUGGAGCCACCAUGUUGGCACCGCAGCGCCUCUCACUGGCGGAAUUCGCCAUAUAAAGUGCCUAAUAACGAGGGGAGGGGCUGCUGUGCACUUACAUGAAGAGCAGCUUUGUUAUUUCUAUGAACGAACUUUGGGGAGGAGCAACUGUCAUACAUCUUGUAAGAAUUCAACAUGGCCGCCUCCGACUCACUCGGCAGCGCACUUGAACCCCCCAUUCUGUUAUCUCUUUGCCAAUUCAGCCUUUUUAUUCCUACUCCCCCCAUUCCAUGCCGGCAAUCUGAAUCAGACACGCUGGCCAAUCACUGUCCUGAAUUCAUCCCUUGCGGGGCCACCAAUGAGGGCUGUGAGGGGAAUUUAAGGGAAAAGAAGUAAAUUCCCCCCUGAUUGUUGUAUUUA